AUGUCUAACUUUGAAAACUUCAAUCAAGAUUUCUACCAAACAGCUAUAGCAUUGAUGAUCAGUCUCAGGGAUUCAAUUACAAUCCUAGCGGAGGACAAAUAUAACAAGCAAUAUCAUUAUGACUAUGCACAACAAGGUGGUUUCAUGCCUCCAGAUAUGAUGAAUCAACAACAACCCUACACAGGACAGAUCUAUCAGCCAACUCAAACCUACACUCCAACUUCCACAGAAUCUGUGUAUGGAAGUACUUUUGACGAUGAACCACCUUUACUAGAAGAGCUUGGAAUCAACUUUGAUCACAUAUGGCAGAAAACGUUAACCGUACUCCACCCAUUAAAAGUAGCAGAUGGCAGCAUCAUGAACGAGACAGAUCUGGCAGGUCCAAUGGUUUUCUGCCUUGCAUUUGGAGCUACACUACUGCUGGCGGGAAAGAUCCAGUUUGGUUAUGUUUAUGGGAUCAGUGCAAUUGGCUGUCUGGGGAUGUUUUGUCUUCUCAACUUGAUGAGCAUGACCGGUGUUUCCUUUGGCUGUGUUUCAAGUGUCCUGGGCUACUGUCUCCUGCCUAUGAUUAUCCUGUCUGGUUUUGCUGUAGUCUUAUCUUUGCAAGGGAUUGCCGGUGUUCUCCUCACAGCUUUGAUCAUUGGUUGGUGUAGCUUCUCCGCCUCAAAAAUCUUCAUUUCUGCUUUAGCAAUGGAGGGACAGCAAUUCCUGGUCGCCUAUCCUUGUGCUUUACUUUACGGAGUGUUUGCCCUUAUUUCUGUGUUUUGA